UGCUGCGACAAUCGCCGUUCACAAUGGCGGCAACUCACUUUACAAUGAGGUCCCUUCUUGGCCUUCUAUUCCUUCUUUUUGUUCAACUCUCUUCCGCCCUCAAGUUUGACCUGUCUGCCGUCAGUGGAAAGAAUGAACGGUGUAUCCGUAACUUCGUCUUCAAGGACCAGCUGGUUGUAGUCACUGCCAUUGUCAGCGGCAACAAGGGUGACGGACAAGUGGUCAACAUGCACAUCAAGGAUGCCCUGGGCAAUGAGCACGGUCGUCCCAAGGACAUUGCCGGAGAGACUCGCCAGGCCUUCACUGCCCCUGCCGACACUGCCUUUGAUGUUUGCUUCGACAACCAGCUGACCACCCGCCACGCUAUUCCCAACCCCUACAAGUCGAUCGAGCUCGACGUCGAGAUCGGUGCCGACGCCCGCGACUGGUCCAGCAUCCAGGUUCAGGAGAAGCUCAAGCCCGUCGAGACCGACCUCCGUCGCAUCGAGGAGAUGGUCGCGGAGAUCGUUAGCGAGAUGGAAUACCUGCGCGCCCGUGAGCAGAAGUUGCGCGACACCAAUGAGAGCACGAACGAGCGUGUAAAGUGGUUCGCUUUCGGCACUAUGGGCAUGUUGGUUGGAUUGGGCGCUUGGCAGGUGGUCUAUCUGCGGGCCUACUUCAGAUCCAAGCACCUUAUCUAGAUUUCUUUCUUGUAGCUUGGAGUGUAUUUUGUGGGGAUGGAGGAGGUUACAGGUUG